GAAGAGAAGAAAAAAAUUACAGAUCAUUGAAAACCCCCCCACAAAUGUCAGACAGAAAAGAAGAAAUGAAUCAGCCACCUCCUCCCUUCCCCUCCUCUUCAGUUGCCGUGGAGACGAUGAUGAGGAGGCAGGAUUUGGUGUGCAUCGUAUGCUUUGGGAGCUAUGACCUAAUAACACGACUUCCACGGCGUCUACACUGUGGCCACGCGUUUUGCCAAGCAUGCCUGAAGAGGCUGGAGACGGUCAUUAAUGAACAGGUGUGGAUCACGUGUCCUCAGUGUCGGCAGAACACACCUCGGCCCCGAGGAGGAGCAGCAAGUCUGGACCUGGACUUGGUCUCCUUCUUGGGUGUGAAGGCAUGCAGCUCCCUCCAGCUCCUCCUCCUGGAGUCCACACGCAGGGAGAAAGAGGCAACUAUCGCAGCCCUGGAUGAGAAACCAUGGUUCGGGAAAGAGGUUGCUGAUGACUGGUCACAUAGAGGCCUGGCUGAGCCUCGCUUUCAUCGCUAUGGCAACUGCUGCCAGUCUCCAUCUUACUGGCUGUGCUGUUGGCUCUGCUGCCUAGGGCGGAGCUAAAACAUGAGGAAGCAUAUUUGUGUGUCUGCCUUUCCAUUGGCUGGCCAAAUUGAGUUCAGCCCUGAUUGGAUGCAAUUAAAGAUAUUUAAAUCAUAUCAUGUAAACUCUGCUUUGUGACAUCAUUUAAACAGUCAAUGAUAAUA